UCCCCACACAUACAGACAAAAAGCCUGAGCAACACAACUCAAGUCCACACACCACAAAGAUCCAAACAAAGCAGAACCCCACUGCGGGGAAGGAAAGCUCGAGAGCCUUUGGAGUGAACGAACCAACACUUAACCCCUUCUUCGAUUUCUUUCCGUCUGUUGCUCGUUUACAAUCCAUUGAUCAUGCCUUCUGGUGCUAAGAAGAGAAAGGCCUUGAAGAAAAAGAAGGAGCAGGAAGCUUCUGGAGCCAGUCCAAGCAACAAAGGCUUCAAUGGUCAUGGGUAUGAUGAACAUGGAAGCCAAGAUGAAGGAGAAAGUGAUGGCAACUUGAGCUCCCCUGGUUCUCAAGGAAAUGGAGAAUUAUGGACAAGAGAUUCAUCACCUUCUCCCUUAUCUGGUCUGAAGAAGGACACUGUUAAAGAGAAAACAGACGUCCCUCAGGGACAAGAAGCGAAAGGUGAAGACGUUACUGCACUUGGAAGAGGAACAUCUCACGAGGAGAAGAACUGUGUGGACAAACGACCCAAUAACUUUUCUGAAAAUGUUAAAGCAGCUAGUAAAGAGGCUGAUACUUUGGAGAUUGCACCAGCUGAUGAUUCUGUCACAAAGGUUGUGAUUACUAACAACAAUGGGCCAGCUGAAAUCUCGACAGAUUUGGGUUCUGUUCAACUAGAAGAAGCAAAGGAGGGUAACAUUCCAGGAUCUGCGGCAGAAACAAGUAAAGAAUCUCAAGUGCCAGAAUCUUCUGAAGACAAGAGUCUUCUCCCUUCUGGUCCACCAGUUACUCGAACCUCGUGGUUGAGUUGCUGCGGUUUGUUUGAUGUGAUGGCAGGUUCCGAAAGAUAAUACAG